CGCGCUCGGAGACGAGCGGAAAUGCGUGUGCGGUAUUAAAGGCGGAGCCCCGCCCCCACGCGCCUCUUUCCGUCUCCGGCCGCCGAGGAGAGGAGCCGCCGCCAUGUCCGCGCAUCUGCAGUGGAUGGUCGUGCGGAACUGCUCCAGUUUCCUGAUCAAAAGGAAUAAACAGACGUACAGCACUGAGCCCAAUAACCUGAAGGCCCGCAACUCCUUUCGCUACAAUGGGCUGAUUCAUCGCAAGACUGUGGGCGUGGAGCCGGCCGCCGACGGCAAAGGUGUCGUGGUGGUCAUGAAACGGAGAUCCGGUGAGCGUUUACUCUGGCUUGGCCCAUACAGCAGAACCCCCUUCGGAGCAGGGAGCUGUGGUUUUUUAACUGUCAGGAAAGAGCAGUGA